AUGGAUGGGAAACUUCGCGUCUACACCAGUAAGGACGACCCCAAUCCUAUUGAAUAUGUCGUCGGCGAAGCAGUGAACUGUAUCCUAUGCAAAGAUGAAACUGUGAUUGUGGGCACAGAGGGCUUCCAUGUCUAUCUGCAAAAUAUUGAUGGUGGUUUGGUUGAUGGUAUUGCUACUCGAUUUACGGCCGGUGUAAACUGUUUAGCCCUCAAUAAAGACAAAACUCGCCUCCUAGCUGGCAGCAGUGAUUUUAUCGUCAAAUUAGUUGAUCUGACAGGUACAAAUGCGUCAUCACGGGAGGUUACGUUUAGGGGACACACUGGUCCCAUACUAAGCGUCGAUUUUGAUCCACUGGAAACUUUUGCUGCUACCUCCUCCUGUGAUGGAACUGUUCGAAUCUGGCGAUUGAGUGACGCCUCGGAAGUCAAACGUUUCUCCAUUCUUUCCAAAUUCAUCGAUCCAGAAUUCACAACCUCAAGAGCCAUCCAUAUUUACGAUCGAUAUGACAACUGGAAUUUAGCUCGAACUCUUGAAUAUGCCAGGGCAGACAAGAUGUUCAUUGAAUGUGAGUUUUUAUCUGAUGAUGAAGCGCUGGCUGCCAUAAGUGCGGAUGGAUGGCUGGUGAUAUGGAAUUCAAAAAAUAAGAUGGUGCUCUAUUCCAUUCGUAACUCUGCCUUUGAAAAUGUGUGCAGUAUGAUUUGGCCGCAGAAAAAUAUCAUCUACUGUACUGACAAAUUUGGGGCUGUCGGUUUCAUAUCAAUUGAUCUUCCUUCAAAACAGGCUGUCGAACACUCAGAAGUUGGCCUCAAUGCAGGCCUCUCUCCCGAUGGGAUCAAAGCUCUCUUCAGCGAUACCGAUUCUAUGGAAUACACUGAUUUGAUAAACGUCGCCUCUGAUCAAGCUGAGGAAGAAGUUGUAUUGGCAGCAGCUGCUGCGGAAGCGGAAGCAGCAACAGAGGUGACGGAAACUUCUAAGAAAGUGGGGAAGCAGUCAAAGCCCAAUCCCCUUGCCUCCCAUUCAGAGGACGAAGGGGAUGACGGCGACACCAUUGCUAUUUCGGAUAUCAAGGCCAAAUAUUUGCGUGAAUUGAACGUGGAAGAUGAUGACACGACUGAAUCACUGACUCCUCUUACGAAAGAACACCAUUCUGACCAAAACAUGGUGACGAAAACGGCUACUACAUCAUCAGCAUCUUCGGUGGAAAUUAAGUCCUUCCAACCUGGAUCCAUGCCUUCAGGCUUCCGUGAGCGUUUUCUUGUAUGGAACCACAUUGGAGUAGUAACUCUCUUUGAAGAUGACGAUCCGAACGACUCCAAGAGCACAUCAAUUGAAGUGGAAUUCCACGAUACCACUCUGCACCACGGAAUCCAUUUGGAGGGUCAGGGAUUCACCAUGGCUGACCUGAAUGCCACCGCUCUUAUGCUCGCCUCACCUGUAAGUCACCGAUUUUUUUUCUUUUAUCUUGUUCAGGGUCUAGCUGACGCCUAUUUGAUGGACGCUUUUGAUAGCGGGAAGGCUGUGGACGACUCUGAUUUGAGUACUGUCCUCGUUCGUCCACUGGACAACACGGCUUUUGGAAAAGAAUCCAUCUCAAAUACUGCCUCUGACUGGACAGUUAAUCUACCUCCAGGAGAGGCCUGCCGUGCGAUUUCUCUGGUUCUUGGAAACGAAGAAAGCUUAGCAGUGGUUGCUACAUCUUCUAGACUCCUGAGAAUCUUCGUCCAGCCUGCAGCUUCGGCUGUGGCAGCAGGAGGAUCACUUCAAUUGCUGCAGGCCACGUCUCUUGGCCUACCACCGAUCAGUCUACCCGGUAAAGAUGUGGUUACCAUGGUCAGCCAUCCCUCUUUACCCAUUCUCGCGGUUGUUGUUGGUUGGAGCAAUGAAGAUCUCUACUGGCGAGUGUUCAAUUUCUCCAUAACGACCGGAGCUCCACGGGGAUGGGCGUUUGGCCGCCUUAGUUCGACCUUCUACCCUCUUCCACUUUCUCCCUCUGCUCAUUUGACAUGGUUGGGAUUCUCCGAAAUUGGAAAUCUCUUUACUCACGACUCAGCUGGAUGCCUACGUCGUUUGACCCAUCAAACCAUGGCAGAAGCUCCACAUGUCAUGGAUUUCCACUGGGUGCCAGUAUGUGAAACUCGACGUUGUGUGAAGCCCCACCAUCGAUUGAAGGAUUGUUUCUUUGUUGUUGGGGUGGUCGAAGAUAUUCACCACCCCAUGGACACCAAGGGAAAGAGUCUCGAGGAGGCUGAAGACGUCGACGCUGUUGCAGAAUCCGACCGGACACAGCGAAUCAGGAGGGAUGAGCUGGGCUUUGGACAGGUGCAAGCGAUCUAUUGUAAGGCCUCGCGGUGGCCGAGACCUAUUCCAAAACCGAUUGUGACAAGUCUACCCUUUACACUGCCAUUAUGCGGCGUCUAUGAGACCGAUCAGGGAAAGUUGGAGGAAAACUAUCUUCGAACCUUGGUUCUGGAUCAGAAACCCUUCUGGGGUGUCUGCACAGACUCGGAGACUUCGCUUAGUCCCAGUCGAAUGAGCAGUCGACGAAAGACACUGCUUCGUCUUUUUGCUCUGGCGUCGAAGCUGGAGAAUGAUUGGGCGGCGAUAACGGUGGCUGGAUUAAUGCCAGACGUUGAAACUGUUCGACUGGCGAUUCGAUACGCCCUGCGUCUCAACCGCUCAGCUUUAGCCAAUCGGAUCGGACGAAUCGCAUUGGCAAUGGAAGAAGAAGAAGAAGAACAGAGGGAUGAGGGUGGGCAUUCUUCGGAGGUGGAUGACAAGGAGAAUAAGGAAGGUGACAAUCAAGAAGAAGCAGAAGAGGAAGAGGUUGUUGUCGAAGUUCUUGGGGAAAGCGAUAGCGAGAAGGCAGAGGUCGAAGAAGAAGAAUCCAGUGAGCUUCCAUUCUCAGCUUCUGAUACGGCGUCUACCUCAACUCAAGGCAGUCGUUUUAACCCAUUCAAGCGAAGGAGUGAGGAUGGACCGAAGCAGCAGUUUGGAGGACGAGGAAGUUGUGUUCUGGAUGAGUUGAAACCGCCACUAGCCAGGCCUCACCAAGCCGCGAGGUCAAAUUUGCAGAAAGAGGGGAGGAGGACGUUUAGUGGGAAGACGGUGAAUAGACCUCCUUCCAAGGCGCAAUCCAUUACAUCCGAGACGUCGAGCAAAGAGCGGGCGAAGCGACCUCCAUCGGACGUGCCUCAAAGCGUGGCGAAGCGUCUCUCGACCUUUGAAUUUCAGCAACCGAAAGAGUAA